AUGGCAGCUAGAGCGAAAACCCUGCAGUUAACACUGGCCAUCUUCAAGCCAGACAUCGUAUCCCACCCCCAUAUUGUCCAUCAAGUGAAGAACAUGAUUCACAAAAGUGGGUUUCUCUUUAUUCGGUCCAAGAGAAUGCACUUGACACGUGCACGAGUUCAGGACUUCUACAAGGAACAUGAGGGAAGAUUCUUCUACAACCGGCUCGUAUCUUUCAUGUCAAGUGGUCCAAUUAGCACACAUAUCCUUGCACGUGAAAACGCCAUAGCUGAAUGGAGAAAGCUAAUGGGACCAACCAAGGUGUUUAAGACCAUACAUGAUGAACCGGAGAGCAUUAGAGGGAGGUUUGGUCUCACAGACACAAGAAACUCCACCCAUGGGUCCGAUGCUGAUGAAACUGCGAAACGUGAAAUACAUUUUUUCUUUCCGGAGUUUGACAUUGAAGACUGGUAUAGUGAGUGUGAGCAAAGGUUUCUGUCUGAGAAAGUGUACUUUGAUGAAGAACAUGACAUUCAUAGAUAUAUUUCUGAAAAAGAGGGUGCUCAGUCCUGA